AUGUUUCAGGGCCCGAUGAACAGCGACUCAGCGAGGGAGUAUGACUUCAAAUUCGAUCCGGUAAAGGAAAUGGAUCCGGUUUGGUUUCCAUACCGGCCUGCUACUCAUCCCUCCGUGAAUAAGCCUCCUAUUGGCUUCUCAGCCUCUAUCGCCCCGUUCAAGACGCACCUUCCAGGUACGUUGAGCUUGCUACCUCUUGAGCUUGUUUGGAAUAUUUUCGACGAAAUUCUGUAUGGGGGCGAAACCAACACUCUGCAGCACGAUGCAUUCCAUGCGAUUCAUAAUCUAUCCCAGGUGGAUCGGCUAGCAAACCAGACCGUUAACAACUACAUCGCACGCCGGGCCCCUCAGCACAUGCUGCGCCUCGGGGUUGGAGACAUCGAUACCCAUCCAUAUCAGGACGACGACCCUAAUUAUAUCGGGUAUGAAAAUAUCCAGCUCGACUACCCUAUACCGAUGCCAAUUACUGAUCUUCUCACGGGGGUCAUUCGCGACGACUGUCCCACCUGCUUUGCCUAUGUUUUGGACUACUUGGCAAUUGAUAUUGGCUAUUGCAACCAAGAGGGCUGGAGCUUUGUUGCUAUUGCUGUAGCCUAUGAGUCUAUCGAAAUCCUAAAAUACAUUCGUGCUAAUCCGAGCCCCUACCUGACUUUACCGAACCUGCUACUCGGUCCAGGCAAUUUCCAAUUCCCUCGACCCACGCCCCUUGAUCUCCUUGGGGUCAGCGGGAAUAGGAGGCUCCUUGAAAGAUUCCUGGACCUGGCGGAAGGACGACUCUCUAACUUAGACAUACCCACUCUCAUCAACGAUGCAUUUUACGCCCCAUCCCUCCUUCUGCUGUGCGCGUUUCUAAGCCCCAGUCAGGCUCGACGAUUGGAAGUGGAUGUCUGGAUCACUUCUUUCCACGAUGAGAUCAGUGAGUCCAUACCAUGGCACGGUGCGGCUGGAACGACCCAGUAUUUCUAG